AUUGCCGCGCGGUGUGGAUCUGCAAAUAACCAAUCACGCGCUCUAGCCUUAGCCAGUGCAGAUCACUUUUAGACAUUUGUAUAAUAACAGGUCACGAGACGUCAAAGUGUAUAUCGCACAUGUUUAUAAAAAGCAAAAUCUCGGAAAUUUAAAAAUAUAGAGUUGUCUGGUUUGAAGGCGGAGGUGGUAAACCGGGAGAGUGUUUCGAUGGAAUUGCGUCAAUAGAAUUGAUUUUUAAUAAAUUCAAAUGUGGUUGCAUAUGUUUUAGUCAGAAAGUUGAACGCAGUAUUGAAGAAUCGUAAAGGCAUUUUCUAACUCAUAUUAGCAUUUGCAGAGUGUACUUUAGAAUUCUAGAAGUGAUCAAGGAAAAUAGUUUCGAGCAUUGAGUAGAAAUCAGUAUUUGUGCUUGUAUGGAAAUUCAUCAUUUACUUGCCGAAACUCAGCCACAAAUUUGUGUUCCUACAACGGAGACACAGCCGGUCGGCUGGAAGCGUCGGCGCUGCGACAUUCCGACAAAACACGGCAAAUGCUUUCUGCCGUGGAAAAUCUAGGAUCGGGCCGGGUUUAUCCCCAUCCGUUUCCAAGUACGGGUUCACCAUCACUGCUUGGACAGCUCCCAUUGUCGGCAACGGGCUUACCCUUGCUGGGACCCAACCUGGUCGAUAUGUCAGUGGCAGAAUUUGCACGACCUCACCCGAAACAACAGAGAUACAACGAAGCGCCUCGAAAUGGAUUACUAUCCUCAACGAGAACGAAAUACUCAGAUACGCCACAGUCACCUCAGGGUGGACCGGUGAACCUAGCCGUCAGCCCAAAUCUUCCAAACUCUCAUAGUUCUCAGGCGAUGAGUGCAGCCAAAUUGAAUCAAUUCAGUCAUGAAUUUCAUGAACGUGCUCUACAAGCUCGCGCGCACGCACAGCAGCAACAGCUUCAGCAUCAACAGCAACAGCAGCAACGCCAUCAAGAACAGCAAAAAGAAGCCGCUGCAGUUUCGGUAGCUGACAUAGGAAAACUGUACUCUCCCACCAAUUCCCGUUUGCCUUUUUUUUCCACUCCCUUGGAUACCAGUUCCUUUCCUAGUUUGAAUUAUGGAUUGUAUCCGUUUGGAUAUUCUGCGACACAUUUGGAUGCACGUAUGUUAGGUCGACCAACGUAUUUAACAGGUCAACGAGAUGCAUAUACUUCGUCAUCUUUCUUGGCUCCAAGUACAUUCAGUUCGUCUGAAAACAAGGCUAAAAUGUAUCCAUCAUCUACUUCCUUAUCUCAUUUAAAUAGCCAGAAUGGCUCAAAACCUACCUCUCUUUCGCAAAUACCUCAGGACAAAAUGCUCUCUGAUGAGAGGUGUCCAAAAAUGCCGCCAUCUCCUUUAUCGUCAGCUCUCAUAGGUACUUACACCGAUCGAGAACGAUCCCAUCUUAACGGGCUGACGGGUGCUCCAGAGCAUCCAUUACAUAACAAAUAUCUCGGCACACACCCGACCCAUUCAGAGAAAGAUAACAAACAAGACCAUAAACAACUGCAUCAGCACUCUAGUCAUCUUCAACAACUUCAACAGCAUCAAACUCCAUCUGGUUCUAUUGUAGCAGGAUCGCUCUCACAAGGGCACCAUUCUUAUCCUUCGCUACCUCCUUCAUCAGCACCUUUUGUACCUACGUCGUCUUCAACGUCAAUAUCGUCUUCCAACCAGCGUCAUCAUUCAAUGCCACACGCGUCAUCUUUAACGUCGCAUCCCCAUGGCAAUCAUCCACAUCAAUUAUCUCUAGAUGGUCAACGACUCGAGCAAAUUCCUUCAGAUAACGAAUUUAAGGUGCCAUCUGGAAAAGAAGGCUCAUUAAAGCAUCGAAUUCUAACGCGCCCUGUAAGUGAUCGCGAGGCAAGGCGACGAUCUCCAAUCACGAAAUCUACUACCAUUUUUAGACCAUUUGAGAACGGAUCAACUACAAACUUUACCAAGGGUGCAUUAAUUCAACUGGCGGGUGAAUGCAAGCGAGUGGAAGACGUUAGAACGGAAGACUUAGUACAAACGGCCGAAAAGUCGUCGGACCUAAGGCUGGCCGAAUCAACGGCGGUUAGAAUUACUCCACGUAACAAUAAUGUGAUAAUCACGUUUAGCUAUGACGACAACCGAUCCAGAAUUGACAUCGAAGCAGCUAUAGAGCAUCCAUUUUUCGUAUACGGACAAGGCUGGGCCUCGUGCAGUCCAGAGAAAUCAUUACAGCAAUUUGGCUUGAAGUGCCAGAGGCUGCAAGUUGGUGACAUUUGUCUCUCUCUUAUUUCCCGUGAUAAACCAAAAUCAAGCCAUUCCUCUUCCUCAUCUUCCUGUAUGUCAUAUAUGACGCUAACGCAGCCACAUGUAAGUCAUUACCAAUCGUCGAUACAGCAGCUACAUCAACAUGAUAUCAAUGGUAAUCAUCAAACGGCACUGCACCAUCAGUCGCCGUAUCCGAUUUCUCAUCAAGUCCAUCCACUGGAGAAUUUGCGUUUGGCCAGAGAAAGAGUUGAUCUUAACACCGGCCAGCCAGAAAAGCAGAAACAUCAGCAGUAUCUACCUCAAAACCUCUCCAGGAAAGCGCUUCCUCCAUCUAUGCCAAGUUCGGGUACGGUAACAUUGGCUACAUCCACAUCAUCCCGUUCAUCCGGGGUACCUCCGUAUAGCAGCCUCCCAUCUGUGCCAGUCUUUUCAACGCCAUUUUCUGCUGCUAAUUUGAGCCAACCCUACGAACAUAAACAUUUCCUCCCAAAAUCGUCAUCCGAUUCGCAGGCUUUAAAUUCUAGGUCGCCGGCAAAUAACUCUCACAGUUUCCGUGAUUCAAACGAUCAACCAGUUGCGAUGAUUAUAGACCGAUCUUCAAUUCCUACUUCCUCGUCGACGACACCAUAUACUUCUGUAAACUCACUGAUAUCUUCAACAUCAAUAUCGUCCUCCGUACUCAGUCCAAAUAGAGUGGUAACAAGCAGCACUUCAUUACCACCUACGAAUUUGGCCAACGAUAACGAUGAUGAUGGCGUAAUUGAUGCGUCAUUAUCUCGAAAACGGCGCUGGUCAGCACCAGAUAUGUGUGAAGAAAUUGAAGGAACGACACAUGAACAGCAGUUGGUGCAAUCAGGAACAUCGCAGGAAAAUUCGGCUCAGGUAUCGUCAGCUAAAAUACCCCAUGGUAAUUAAAGACCACGUAGUUUUAGGUAGUUUAACUACAAUUUCCAAAAAUAA